AUGCUAGUUGAUGAGGUGUCUCAAUUCGAUAUAGAGCUUACCGAACUUUGUACAUAUCCCAUGGUAUCGAAAAAGCUCAGAGAUUUGGUCAAACCUCACGAAAAUGGUCAUUCUCAUUCUCAUGACUCGCAUAUGUGUGCAGCUGCUCUGUCAGCUGGGACUGGCUAUCAAGAACUAGACGACCUCAUGCGGGAUCCACGUCCACUUCGAUUCAUAUUCCAUUUGUUAUCCGUUACACAGCCGGAAGAAUACGAAGCAGAAGGCUGGCAGCUUACAUCGGAAGAAAAAAUACAAUCUGUUGAAACGUUGCGAUUACAGGGAAAUCAGUUAUUUGCUGAGGUUUGGAUAGUUAGGUUCUAA